CCAUCCAUCCUCCCUCAUAAAUGACAUAAAGAAAAGAGUGUACAUCUAUGCAUAGUGCAUCAUCAUCAUCAUCUUCAUCUUUAUUCUUUGGUGCAAGGCAGUUCUGAGGCAUCGAACAAUGAACAGCAUCGCAGUCAGAAGCACAAGUGCAUGUCAACGCUCUGACCAUAGCAGCACAGCAUUGUCAGGAGCCUACCAAUGACAUCAGAAUAGAACACACACACAGAUUUAUAUUUUCAUACAUUCGCAUUUAUUAAAUCUUCUAUACUCUAUAGUAUUUAAAUUUAAUUUAAAUAAAUAAUAUUUAUAUAUUAAUAUAGAAUACUGAGUAGUACAAGCUUAAUUUCUAUUCCAUUGGACCUUGCAUUCAUCCAUCCAUCCGAGCAGAAAAAGCCAAGAGUGGUGAGUAACCGUUCCCCCCUUCCCACGCGGCAAUCCAUCUUCUUUAAUUCUCAGCUUCGGUAAGACACUCUUCUCUCCUUUCCUUAAUUGCACUUCUCUCAUUUUCUCAUCUCGGAAUUAUCGUACUUCCCCCCACCCUUUUCUUUUCUUAAUUCUUAUAAAGGACUAAUAUUUAAUACAUCUGAUUUUAAUUUAAUUAGUUAAUUACUCUCGUCACAUCAAAAUCAAAUAUCUCCCUGCCAUUUAUGUGCUUUUAAAAAAAACACCACCACUCCCUCCUCUCUUGUUUGUUCUCUUUUUAUUUUGUUGCAGUGCCGUUGAAACUUGAGAGCUAGAGUCCCCUUUGUUUUUGUCUUUUUUCUCUCCCAAUGUCCUCUUCCACCGUUGGCAAUGAGGAGGAGAAGCUUUACCCUUCCCCACUAGCCUCUCACGACGACAUCGUCAAGGACCCUUCUGUCUUUUGGGAUACUCUCAGACGCUUUCACCUCCUUCUCAGUACCAAAUUCAUGAUUCCUGUGAUUGGAGGGAAGGAGCUAGAUUUGCACGUCCUGUACGUGGAGGUUACGAGGAGAAGUGGCUAUGAGAAGGUAGUUGCAGAGAAGAAAUGGAGGGAAGUGGGAACUGUCUUCAGGUUCUCAGCGACGACCACAAGCGCCUCUUUUGUGCUCAGGAAACACUACCGCAACCUUCUUUACCAUUACGAACAAGUUCACUUCUUUAAUGUUAAGGGUCCUCUAUACUCUCCAUCAUCAGAUUCAUUUUCUGGCAGCAAGCACUCCUGGAGAUCUGAGCUGGCUAUUGUUGAAUAUUCUCCCAAGCCAGUGACCCAUACUAAAGGUUCCAAACCUCAAGAGUCUAUAGACCCUUCAUCAAAUCUUUCAGGGAGGGGAACGAUAGAGGGAAAAUUUGAAUGCGGCUAUUUAGUGUCAGUGAAAGUGGGUUCAGAGGUUCUAAGAGGAGUGCUGUACCAUCCAGAGGAAUUGGUUCCUCCCCCAACUGUUCCACAAAAUGGCAAUGCCAUCGUACCCUACGGCUGCAAACCUCACCAUUCCGGCCGCCGGAGGAGGAGGAACAAGAGAAAGUGGGACCCGAACUACCCGAAGCCAAAUCGGAGUGGUUAUAACUUCUUCUUUGCUGAGAGGCAUUACAAGCUCAAGUCACUUUAUCCAAACAGAGAGAGGGAGUUUACCAAAAUGAUUGGCCAGUCUUGGAAUAGUCUCAGCCCAGAAGAAAGAAUGGUUUACCAGAACAUUGGCUUAAGAGACAAAGAAAGGUACAAGAGGGAGUUGAAGGAGUACAAGGAAAAGAUGAAGAUUAUGCAAAAUUUAGAAGUUGCGGCGCCCAGAAAUCUCACUGGUUCUGUCCUUAAUGGUAGCCAAAGAAUGGCUUAGGAAUGUUGUUUAUUAAAUCUGUUGAUCUUUAUAUGCAUAUUCUUGUGGAAUAUGGUCUAGAGGACUAGCGGCUCAAUUUUAUAUUUUCGAUUAAACUUUGGGUUAAUUAAUUGUUAGAUCCUUUGAUUUUAUUUAAUGGAUCGCUUUCUGAUUUGAUCUAUAGUGAUUAGUGAGAGCAUUGGUAAUGGUUUGUCUA